ACGUCUGGAAGCAUGCCUUCUAUGGAGGUCCUCACAGCCAGAGCUGUUGCAGUCCGACUCGCUGCCAUGGAGGAUCGUAGAAACAACGAGCUCAACAUCAUCAACAACAACAACGUCAACAACGUCAACAACGUCAACAACAACAACAACAACAACAACAAGUCCGAGACGCCUGUCGCUGACACACCUGCUGCUGUCGCUGGUCGUCGGGAAAUGCCGUCGUUUGAUGGACGGUACGGUCGAGAGGCGCUGGCGGCUCUGCUCGCAGCUGAGCGCAAGUACUCGGCCAUGCGGCGCAGGCAGCUGACGCCGUCGCGGCUGACCAGUCGCCAUGUCCGUCUCAACUGCAAGAUGCGCGCUAUUGUGGUCUCGUGGCUGAUGGAGGUCUCGGCCGAGUAUCGGCUCACCCCAGGCACCUGCCACCUCGCCAUCACUCUCUUUGACAACUACCUCGCCGCCGCCCGCAACGUUCCGCGCAACAAGCUCCAGCUCAUCGGCGUCACGGCCCUGUUCAUCGCCGCAAAGCUCGAGGAGGUCUAUCCGCCGACCGUCUCUGAGCUUGCUGACGUCACCGACCGCGCGUACUCGGAGGACGAGAUCCGCGGCGCCGAGCGGGCGCUGCUCGCCACCCUGCGUUGGGAGCUGCACCCGCCCACAGUCCCGGCCUUUGUCGCAAUCUACCUCGACCUUGACCGCAGCGCAGGCUUCCGUGCCGCCAUGGCCGCCGUCGACGCCGUCAUCCUCGAUCUGCGCGUCACCGCGAUUGUCCCGGCCUCGCUCAUGGCCGCCGCCGCCGUCUACGUCAUCAGCGCCGGCGGCGUUCCGGGCAUCGAGGCUGUUCUGGACAUGCCAUCGGCCGCCCUUGUAGACACUGUCGAGGUCAUCAUCCGCUACGCCGACGACAACCUCCUCCACCUCCUCGCCGAGUCGCAGCUUGUCACGGACUCGGGCGUGCGCCAAGACGACCAGCGUGGCCCAGUCCACCCUGUCGACCACAUCCAGAACUUCUCCCGCCCUGAUCUCCAGCAGAUCUCGAUUUGA